AAUAAACCGAGGAAUGAGUUGACGUAUGUGGAUCCCCGCUUCCCUAUUUUUCAUUGUUCCCCUUCCAAUUCGUCCGGUACCGCCAAAAGUCCUCCGCCCAACCCUCUGGAGGUGGUUCCCGCUUCCGCCCCCGCCCAUCCACUUCACAAUCAUCACUACAUCCCAUUGUCGUCGCUAUCGAUGCGUCGCUUCGGCAUCACCUAUGGACAAUUUAUGUCUGCACUAUCAUAACCAUACUCUAAGCGACGCGCAUCGAUGCUUUACGCGAGAAUAUGCCUCCAGUACUAACUUGCCUCUCAGUGAAUAUGAAGUCUCUCUCCUCGAAGCGCACGAACUCUCCACCGGACCUCUCUCUAUCCUCAUGACCGCCACUCGAACACACACUCAAGUCCUCAUAUCUUGCCGAAACAAUCGAAAACUACUCGCGCGCGUCAAAGCUUUCGACCGACACUGCAACAUGGUGCUUGAAAACGUAAAGGAAAUGUGGACGGAGAAGGGCAAGGGCAGCUCGAAGGGCGUUAAUAAGGACAGAUUCAUCAGCAAAAUGUUUCUCAGAGGUGAUAGUGUCAUCUUGGUUCUGCUGAGUUGAGUUGCAUUGCUCGCAUGGGAUAAAUGGGUUGUGUUUGGAUUGGCGCAAAACAAAAGCACGGGAUGGGUUGGGGUGGCAAAGAAACUGAUACCCUAGUUUUAUGCGACAAUCUCAUUUGUUGAGAAAA